UGUACUCCAUUCCAAUUGAAAAAGAAACCCUAAAUUGAAGCUUCGUUUGUUCCUCUCCAUCAUCGCUCAAAUGUCAUUCUUAAGGUUCACCUUUCGAUCUUCUUCUUCUUCUUCUUCUUCUUCUUCUUUUUCUGUUUCCUUCUUAAGGCGAUUAUACUCUCACUCUCCAUUUCAUGUUAAUAAUAAUAAUGUUGAUAAUGCUGUUUCUUCAUUCCAUAGCAUGCUUCGUAUGAAUCCAACCCCAUCCAUUGUUGAAUUUUGCAAGAUUUUAACUUAUCUUGUUAAGAUGAAACAUUACCCCACUGCUAUUUCACUUUCUAACCAAUUGGAAUUUAAUGGAAUUAUGCCUAAUGUUGUUACUUUCAAUAUAUUGAUCAAUUGUUACUGCCACGUUGGUCAUAUGACUUUUGCCUUUUCUCUAUUGGCUAAGAUUCUCAAGUUGGGUUAUCAGCCUAAUGUCAUAACUUUAACGACUCUUAUAAAAGGUUUGUGUUUUAACGGUAAGGUGAAGGAAGCACUGCAUUUUCACGACCAUGUGGUUGCACAUGGAUUUCACCUCAACCAAGUUAGCUACGGGACCUUGAUCAAUGGACUCUGUAAAAUUGGAGAAACAAGGGCUGCCUUGCAAGUUCUAAGACGAAUCGACAGGAAAUUGGUCAAGCCUGAUGCGGUAAUGUACAACACAAUUAUUGAUAGUUUGUGUAAAGAUAAGCUUUUAAUAGAUGCUAAGGAUUUAUAUUCUGAAAUGAUUGCAAAGAAUAUUUCUCCUGAUGUUUUCACUUACACUUCUCUAAUAUAUGGAUUUUGCAUUGUUGGUCAAUUGAAAGAAGCAUUUGAUUUGUUCCAUGAAAUGCCAUUGAAAAACAUCAACCCAGAUGUUUAUACUUUUACUACACUGGUUGAUGCUCUAUGCAAAGAAGGGAAGGUGAAAGAAGCUAAAAAUGUAUUAGCUGUGAUGAUGAAAGCAGGCGUGGAACCUGAUGUUGCUACAUACAGUUCAUUAAUGGAUGGGUAUUGCCUAAUCAAUGAAGUGAAUAAGGCCAAAGUUAUAUUCAACAGUAUGGCCCAAAGAGGAGUGAUGCCCAAUGUUAAUUGCUAUAGUGUCGUGAUUAAUGGGCUGUGUAAAAUUAAAAUGAUGGAUGAAGCCAUGAAUCUCUUCAAAGAAAUGCAAAACAAUAAGAUUAUUCCUGAUACAGUAACUUACAGUUCUCUAAUUGAUGGUUUGUGCAAAUCAGGGAGAAUCUCUCAUGCAUGGAAACUUUUUGAUCAAAUGCAUGAUAGAGGUCAACCUGCUGAUGUAAUCACUUACAAUUCCUUAUUACAUGCUCUAUGUAAAAACCAUCAUGUUGACAAGGGAAUUGCAUUGGUCAAGAAAAUUAAAAUCCAAGGUAUUCAACCAGAUAUGUCCACAUACAAUAUACUUAUCGAUGGACUAUGCAAGGAAGGGAGACUUAGGAACGCACAAGAGAUUUUUCAGGAUCUUUUGAUUAAAGGCUAUAAGGUAACAGUUUGGACAUAUAAUAUUAUGAUCAAUGGUCUUUGUCUAGAGGGCUUGCUUGAUGAAGCUGAGGCCCUGCUGUCAAAAAUGGAAGACAAUGGAUGCAUUCCUGAUGCUGUAACUUAUGAAACAAUUAUUCGCUCAUUCUUUGAAAAUGAUAAGAAUGAAAUGGCAGAGAAACUUCUACGUGAAAUGAUUGCUAAAGGUCUAUUCUAAGAGAAAGACUAGUUAAGAUGAUUUCUUGUAACUUAUUAGGCUACUUUGAAUUUUGAUGACAAUGGUCUAAUCUUUGUUAUUCGUUUAAAUAUUUACUUAAUAGUUACAUAUACAAAGGAUGAUCGACCACACAAUGAUCAACAUAAAAACACAUGAAAUCAAAUAAAAACUAUGUUGAUUUUGCUAUUAUAAUGAUAAAAUUGGUUGAUGUUAUUUUAUUCUUGACAUAAUCAUAUUUUUCUUUCCAAUGUACUGUUCAUUUUCUUCAUACAGUUGUAAGGAUUUGUUUCACUCAUUGGUCAUUCUUUGAGUUGCAAAUCACAAACUAAGCUGAAAUUAAUGUAAAUUUUGAAUGGGGUUUGUAAUGUUCGCUCUCACCCUGCAGGGUUCUUGACAGAUGGACCAACAUUUUUCCAAAGGACAUAUGGAAGGAGAAUAUAAGCUAGCAUGAUUUGAUAUUACUUUUUUUGGUUGUUCUAUCGUUUGUUGAUACCAUGUCUGUCUUGUAGUAUUUCUCAUCUUUGGCUGAUGUUUGUUGUGUGUGAUACAGUUCAUGUGUCCUGUGUUAGACUUGCACAAAUUGCUGUUGUUGAGUGGUACAAGUUUUUGUGUCACUGUCAUGGGUCUAAUCACUUUCUUAUUUUGUUACUAUCUGGUAUAGGGUGCAUGACUGCCGUUCAUUUUCAUACACAAUAUGGAUUAUCUGAAUAUUGUUAUUCCUCUAGUUGGUUGAGGAUUUAGUUCCAUUUUGUGCUUGAUUUUUUCUAACCUUACAUUUCUGUUUUUGGUCUGUCUAAUCUUUCAAUUCUUUCUCUUUAGACAACAAAAUAGAAAAUUUAUAUAUCAAUGCAUAGAUCUCUUUUCUGAUCUUAGAGAUAUGGUUUUAACAGUAACUUCAAAGAUAUUGGACGGUAAAGCUAUGAUAGAAGAUACUGACAUGCCAUCUAAGAUGCAGAUUCAAGCCAUGGCUUAUGCUUCUGAAGCUCUUGAUCUAUUUGAUGUUCUUGAUUGCAAAUAUAUUGCAGCCCACAUAAAAAAGGUUACAUUUUUCUCUAUAGUCCUUGAAUUUCACAUACAAUAUCCUUAAAACUUAGUCUAAUUUCUGUUUAUAUUUGAAGACUUAAGAAAAAUGCAGAUCAUUUUCCUUCAUCAUUUUCUUCUUUUUUCCCCUUAGUUGUUUGAUAUUUUCAAAUGGAGAUUAUAUUAGCAACUCCCUGGUCAUGAAGUGAAUUAGACCGUCCCUUUGCAAUUAUGGAUAUUUAGCUCAUUGAGUUCAGUAUUUUUCAUGAUAUAGUUUUUCACCUUUUCUAUCUAUCAUUAGUUUAGUAUUGCUUUGAAUAUGGUCAUUGAAUUGGUCACCUUAUCUGAAAGUUUUUUUGUGGAUGCUCUUUUUUCAAUCCUUCAUUUAUCCAUAGUCUGAUAGUGAUAGUACAACAAAAUUAGAUUAAUUACAUGCACAAAAUAAUAUAUUUUAUGAAUCACAAGUUGAUAUAUCCAGUGAAACCCACACUCUUUUAUCGCUACUUCAUCGUAAAGGGUUUCAUCAUUGAAGAAUCUAAAUGUUAGCUUUGGAUUAUAACUGGUGCUGUUCACAUCAUUAAUGACUUUUAUUUCUUCAACUGCUUCCAUUAUCUGCUUGCAACUUGCUGGAUCAUACCAUAAAAACACAUGAUUUGACAUCAUGUGGAUUGACUAACUUUAUUCGGCCAUAUCAAACUGAAGAUGUUAGCUCUUGCGAAACUUGUUUUGUUUUUUAACAAACUUGAGAAACCUACACCAUAUCCCAUAUGGCCUUGAGAAAGAAGCAAGUAGUAGGAAAAACUGAGCAAAUAAGGAGGAAGCUCCAGAGUGACAGAAACUUGUGUAGAAGGGUAAUGAAACCAAUAUUUUCUGACAGGCAUAGCAGUUAUAAGGAGCAGAAAACCACACUUGGCUUUGUCCGAUGGUUCAUUCAUUGAACUCGUUACUUUCUCAAAAGAUUCACAAUUACUGAUAA